AUGUCGGACUGCAGGAGAGAGUGGAACCGCGAGGACGAGCUGCCAGUCUAUCUGGCGGGCCCUAUCAACACCGGGCCGAAGCAAAGGAAAAGCUAUGGCAUGUUCAGCUCCGUGGAGGGCGCGUUUGACAGCAAGACCAUAGACUUUGACGACUUUGCGGUUGGGAGAAAGGGCAGCCGCACCCCGAGGAGCGGCAGCCGGGAGAGGCUCCUGGACACCGGGGAGUCCAAUGGAAAGAACCCCGCUAACGCCCCGGAGGCCCCACCGAGCAACGCACAGGUGGAGCACGAAGGAGGCGACAGUGCCACCGGAGUAAACGCUUCAACUGCAAAUAACACUUUACUUGGAGAGUGUCAGCACUCUAAACCACAGGGUGAAAAGCUGCUGAUCAAAGGGCGGCGUGUGGUGAACGAUGACCUGUCCAUGUUUGCUGAUGUCUAUGUUGAAGAUGGUAUUAUCAAAGAGGUAGGAGAGAACCUGAUCGUCCCAGGAGAUGUGAAGGUAAUCGAGGCUAAUGGCCGCAUGGUGAUACCAGGAGGAAUAGAUGUCAACACCUGCUUCAUGAAGCCCUUCCUGGACACGUAUCCUGUGGAUGACUUUCUGCAGGGCACCAAGGCGGCCCUCAGCGGGGGCACCACUAUGAUCAUUGACCAUGUGAGCCCUCAGCCUGACCAGAGUUUGUUGGCGGCGUUUGAGCGCUGGCAGGAAGCAGCCGAUAAGAAGGCGUGCUGUGAUUACUCUCUGCAUGUGGACAUCCCACACUGGGACGAAACAGUCAAAGAUGAGCUGGAGCUACUGGUGCAAGACAAAGGGAUCAACUCAUUCCAAGUGUUUAUGGCCUAUAAGGAUGUGUUCCAGAUGACAGACUCAGAGCUGUAUCAAGCCUUCUCCUUUCUGAAGGAAAUGGGUGCUGUUGUUCUAGUGCAUGCUGAAAAUGGAGACCUGAUUGCACAAGAACAGAGUAAAAUUCUUGGCAUGGGAAUCACUGGUCCUGAAGGGCACCCUCUGAGCCGACCUGAAGAGUUGGAGGCUGAAGCAGUGUUUCGUGCUGUCACCCUGGGUAACCGCGUGAACUGUCCAGUUUACAUCACAAAAGUCAUGAGCAAGAGUGCAGCGGACACCAUCACACAAGCCAGGAGAAAAGGUUCUGUGGUGUUUGGGGAGCCAAUCACAGCUGGCCUUGCUACUGAUGGGUCUCACUACUGGAGCAAGAACUGGGCAAAGGCAGCAGCUUAUGUCACUUCACCUCCUCUGAGUCCAGACCCAACCACCCCCGAUCAUCUGAGCACACUGCUGGCCUGUGGGGACCUACAAGUUGUGGGCAGUGCUCACUGUGCGUACAGCGUGGCCCAAAAAGCCAUUGGCAAAGAUAACUUCACCCUGAUCCCAGAAGGAACCAAUGGAGUAGAGGAGAGGAUGGGGUUUGUGUGGGACAAGGCUGUGGCAAUUGGGAAAAUGGAUGAAAACCAAUUUGUGGCCGUCACAUCCACUAACGCUGCCAAAAUCUUCAACCUGUACCCACGGAAAGGGCGGAUCGCAGUGGGCUCUGAUGCCGACAUCGUCAUCUGGGACCCUGACCUCAUGAAGACGAUCACUGCCAAAGACCAGCAGUCGGCCUCUGAGUACAACAUCUUUGAGGGUCUGGAGUGCCGCGGGGGGCCGGCUCUGGUCCUGUGUCAAGGUCGAGUGGUGUAUGAGGACGGAAAACUACAGGCUCAGCAGGGUACCGGGCGAUUCAUUCCACGCAAGCCUUUCCCUGAUUUGGCCUACCAGCGCAUAAAGUUCAGGAACCAGGUGAAUAACAAGAAGGGUGUGACCCGUGGGCUUUAUGAUGGUCCAGUCUAUGAAGUGCCAUCCAUGCCCAAAUAUAUAACUCCAUCUCCUUCUGCCAAAACAUCACCAACUACCAACCAGCCCCCUCCUGUACGCAACCUCCACCAGUCCAACUUCAGCCUAUCGGGGGCUCAGGUAGAUGACAAUGUCCCACGAAGGUCUGGCCACCGCAUUGUAGCACCCCCUGGUGGCCGUUCCAAUAUCACCAGCCUUGGUUGA